ACUCUUCUCGUCACCCUCCCCGUCGACGUUACGUACGCAGCCGUGGCGUGCCUGCAAGCCAAAUAACAUGGAGUCCUCUGCCUGGCAUCUUCAAGGGAUCCAUGCAAAACCCCGAGCAGCGAUUUAACGGAGCAACUUUGUCCCUGGGAGCCGUCAAAGCCUCCGGAGAGCAUCGUGUCGGGGCGUAAAAGCUUCAGCUCCGUCCUCAAACUAUGACGAACGGCGCUUAAACAGCCAGCUUUCACUGCGACCCGCACACCAGGCCGAAUUCAGAGAAGAGGAGGCUGCACAAUGUAGGAGGGCUGGUCACCAGUGGGACUCCAUACUGCUCUCUGGGGGGACCAUGGAGCCAGAAGGGCCACCCCGAACCCCAGGGACCAGCUAUGGGCCCCCAGCCUUCAACUCAGCACAAAACCCUGUCACCCCCACCUUCCUCAACUGCACCUUACAGUCCUCACGUUCUCCAAAUGUGAGAGACGGCCUGAUGCCUGCCAAAUGCUCGUGGGGCCACGCUGGAGAUGAGGGCCCCAAGCAGACUGAAGGCCCUCAGCCCAGUGCAGAGCCAGGGAGGAGCGCACAGAGGAGAUUCAGGUCCUCAGCCUUUCCUUCCUCCCUAAGCUGGGACUCUGACUCUGAGAAAGAAACACUAGAUGAGGAGGAGCUACAGCACUUUUCUAACCCUCAUGGUCUGGCUGCUCACAGCCCAGGAUCUCCUUCUUCUGGACUCAGACUUGAUAGUGAAGAUGACCAAGAACCUGAAAAACUGCAGCACUUGCAUAAUAAGACUGACUCGUCUCCCCCUGCGGAGGGGCUCAGCGACAACAACAACACUGAGAGCACAAAGACAGAAGAGCCAAAUACAUCUCAGCUUGGCCAAACAGAGUUGGCAGACAGCAAAGUGUGGAAUGUAUCCGAGGAAGCCGAGCUGUUUCUGUCCAAAGUAAAACCAAAGGAAGGUUGCCAAAUGGAGGAGGAGGAGGAGGCGGACAACAGCGAGGGAGAGAAGAGGCCCAAGGGAAAAGAAACCAAGGAGCCUGAGAGAGAUGUGUACACCUUCCCUGGAGACUCAGACCCGGAGAGUCCCCCUCCUGCCCCCUGGGCUCAUUGCACAUUUAUUCAGCGGUGCAGAAAGAAGAGGGUGCUGCUCAGGCCCUUCUCCGGACUUGGCACCUUGAAGCGAACAUUGCCUGAGACAGGAAAGAGGGCAAGAGUGAGUCCUCAAAAAUCAAAAACCAGUGAGACAGCACAGAGUGGAGGUGGAGGGGUUUAUGAUUUCGAGGAAGUCAGUUUUGGAGAGGCAACAGUGGAGGAGCCGAUAAAGUUCAGAGACAGAGGAGGGAAAAGGGACAAAGAAGAGGAACAAAGUGGGGGAGAGCCAGGCAAACAAAUCUUCACCUGUGUGGAAUGUAGCAUUUACUUCAAAAAGCAGGUCCACCUGCAGGAGCACAUAGUUGAGCACUGUCAGAGCGGUGCAGCGGGGGGCAGGCGUUUAGGAAAGGGCGGCCGCUUUAGGUGUAUCGAGUGUGGGUGGAACCUUUCAAAUCGGCUCGCGCUGGCAGACCACCACAGAAAGCACCAGGAGUCCCGUCUAAAGAUCUUAGAGGAGAUUGAGAAACUGAAUGAAAAUGGGAAGGCAAAAGAGACUGAGAAGCUCAACAGUAAGACGGUGAAGCAUAUAAGCUCAGACCCAGCGAUUAUGCAAGACACAAGCCCAGCCUCGAUUCCAGGCAAAAUGUCAGACCCAGAAAUAGUCACAUCUCCACCUCUUUCCCCAGCCCCAGUUUCAACACCAGACACAGACCCAGCAGUUCUCGACUCAGACGCCACUCCUCCAAAUUCAGUCCGAACUGCAGCUCAUGCCCGAGCUGUUUCCACCUGCCGCCGCCGCUUCGUCUGCACAAAGUGUAACUUCAGCACAAGAACCUCCCAGGCACUGGCUAAUCACACCAAGACCCACAACAGAAAAAAACCCGCUCUCCAGGCUGACUCCCCAUCCCCAGGUUCACCAUCAUGCGUGGCGUCCACCUCCCUGGCCUGCGGUCAUUGUGCCUUCCUGACCUCAAGUCAGACUGUAAUGAGGGAACACCAGAAACUUGUUCACCCAGGACAGGCCUCCGUCAGCGGGGCGCAGGCUGAUGACACUGGCCAGCAUUCAAGGUCUAAUGCGGGUGCUCGAAUUUCAAAACCCCCCACCAUAGAUUCUGACCAUCUCUCUGGGCCUGGAUCUCGAUCCUCGCCCGAUGCAACUCAAGGCAAAAGCCAGCAGGGAGUCACUGCCUCUGAGGACAGCACAAAGCCAGACAGAGCCGCAGCUCGGCCCACAAGCCAGGUGGUGUUCAAGUGCACUGGGAACAGGAGAUUUAGCAGAAGAGGGAAGACUUGGACGGAUCUGGCCAAGUUUCUGGAUGAUGACAAGCUGCCCGGGAGUGAAGAGGAAGAGCAGGACGAAGAUGGGAGCACAAAGCUUGACACUGAGCGCUCCCAACGGGAGGCCAACUCACCUGCUGGAGUUAAACCGCACACCAGAGCACGAGCUAAUGCAGACGACUGCUCAGCACAGCAGAGUGCUACAUUAUCGCUCCCUCCUGAGAAGAGUGUGAAGGACGAAGACAAGCUGGAAGUGGAGAAAGAUGGAAAGGUUUUCUUUUUGAGGAGGAGCAACCGGGUUACUGCUGCCCCGGCAGAAAUUGACAGUGAUGAUGAUGACGACGACAUUGACGAGGAGCGCGUGCGGCGUUUCCUGUCAGAGGGCAUCUUGGAUGAAGACCCAGACGAGAUUGAUGAGGACUCGGAGGCGCUCAAGAGUGUGGAGAGGAAAUGCCCCUACUGCCCCGAUCGAUUUCAUAAUGGCAUUGGGCUUGCCAAUCACGUGAGAGGCCACCUGAACCGAGUGGGCGUCAGCUACAAUGUGCGUCACUUCAUAUCCCCCGAGGAAGUCAAUGCUAUUGAGAAGAAGUUCUCCUAUCAGAAGAAGAAGAAAAAAGUCGCCAACUUCGACCCGGACACAUUCAGCGUGAUGCACUGCGAGUUCUGUAGCGCCGGCUUCGACACCCGGGCCGGCCUGUCCAGCCAUGCCCGGGCCCACCUCCGUGACUUUGGCAUCACCAACUGGGAUGUUACCAUCUCGCCAAUCCACAUCCUGAGGGAGCUGUUCUCCAGCAGGCCCGAUCUUGUAAUCCCCACGGCUCCCCCUCGGAGCCCCGGGUCCUCACAGGAGGAGGACGAGGAGGAUGAUGAGGAGGAGGUAGAGGAAGAAGGGGAGGGUGUCGUUGAGGUAAAGCUUGAGGGGGAGAUGAGUGAGAGGACGCUGAGUGCUGCUGUUUCUGAUGCACUGCCUUCAGCGUCUCCUCAACGCUGCAAGAAGGAGGACGGUGGAGAAGAGAGCGCGGGUGAUGAGGAGGAAGCAGCUGAGGAUGAGGAUGAGGAGGAGCUUCAGCGUCCAGCUCUGGAUGGUGUGAGCUCGAGCCCCGGGAAAACAGGGCUGCGCAGCGUGGACUCAGACAGCCUCUCUCCUGGGGAUGGGGAUGCAGACUCCAAGGUCCACAACCUGAAGUGUGAGGUGUGUAGCGCUCAGUUUGAGACCAGGCGAGGACUCUCCAGCCACGCCCGCUCUCACUUGCGCCAGCUGGGCAUCAGCGUCUCGGAGAGCAGCGGGGCGCCCAUCGAUCUCCUCUACCAGAUUGCCAAGGAGCGCAACAUCGACGGCCAAACCGGCUCAUCUCUUCUGGAGCCGCUCCCAGCCAAGAACUCCUCACCGUCUGUUCCUCAGAAAGAUGAGGAGUUAGAAGACAUGGACUUAGACGAGAAGCCCAUCCCUCUCUCCCUCCUGGCCAAAGCAGCGAAAGCGGUGCCACCCUCUUCCUCCUCCACGCCGACACCUUCUCCUGGUGCCUCUCCAGCUCCACCUCAUUCUGGCUCCCCUUCCGCAGUAGUGAGGAAAGCCCCCAUUUCCUCUCUGCUGCCCGUGUCUUCCCCCUUGCGCUCGCCGGAGCACAAGGCUGGGGGAAUGAAAGGCUUGACCUCUAACCUCUCUGCCCCGGCCACCGUCACAACCAAACCUCUCUGGGCACCACAGGAGAAUGACGCCCCUCUCAACCUCACCCUGGAGGUGGACCCCAACAAGGACAUCGUCUGCCAGCUGUGUGGCGCCUGGUUCGAGACUAGGAAAGGCUUGUCCAGCCACGCACGUGCCCACCUGCGGCACUUUGGGGUGGAGUACUCUGAAUCCAAGGGCUCUCCCAUUGACCUCCUGAACCAGCUCAUCGAUACCGACGACUUCAAGCACAAAGCCAGUGUGCUGCAGCUCGACAGCCACGUGGAGCCACGCGGCCUCACGACCACCAUCUCCUCCCCGAAGCAGUCCCUGCUGAGCCUCUCUUCCUCUUCCUCUUCAUCGCUCCUCUACAAGGUGACCACAGCUGGGGGUGGGUCGACAUCCAAAGCUACCUCUUCCUCGUCUUUACUUGGCCCGCCUGCCAAGCGUCUCAAGUCCUCUUCCAUGCGGGUCUUCCGCCUGAGUAGUGGGGAGCUCAUGGCCCUUCCACACAAUGAACCUCCAAAGGAGAUAGGCUGCGAGUUCUGCGGGGAGUAUUUCGAGAACCGUAAAGGCCUCUCCAGCCACGCCCGCUCACACCUGCGCCAGAUGGGCAUCACCGAGUGGUCUGUCAACGGCUCCCCAAUCGACACGCUGAGGGAGAUCAUCUCAAGACGCGGCCUGCCUUGCGCCCUUCCUCUAAAACCUCUCAAAACUCCACCUCCGUCCUCUCCGGGACCCCCUCGCUCACCUCAGCCAACCUCCUCCUCUCCGUCAGCUACCCUCCUCAGCCGUCUGCCCUUCGCCUUCGCCCGCCCCUCCAGUCCUCCUCAGCCCGCGGCGUCUAAAUCAAGCUCGGCUACACCAACAUCUUCCAGCGGGCUGAUCCUCAAGCUGAAGCCGGAGCCGGUGCAGGUGGAGGUCACCACGCCAGGAGCUGCGGGGAGGUCUGCCAGCUUCACUGGUGAAACUGUCAACUGUAGUUGGAGCAGCUCUGACAACGUGUUCCCCCUCAACCUGGCUAUGACCCAUGAAGUGGAGCCGACAAGAGAUAUUCGCUGUGAGUUCUGCGGGGAAUAUUUUGAGAACCGCAAAGGCCUCUCAAGCCACGCCCGCUCCCACCUGCGCCAGAUGGGCAUCACCGAGUGGUCUGUCAACGGCUCGCCCAUCGACACGCUGAGGGAGGUGAUGCACAAGAGAGGCGUGGGCGGCUCCUCUCAAUCAGACCAGGGAGUGAAGAAGGAGUCGAGCCAGGGAGCCAACAGCCCGCCAUGGGAGAACACGGCGGGCAGCGGCAGCUCAGAGGGUUUGGGUGUUUCAGGCUAUCAGUCCUCUAAAUUCCGUAAAUCUCCGCUCAGUUUGCUGCAGUCGGGGUCAAGGCUCCAUAAGCAGGGCCUGGGGUCCACAUCUGCUUCCCCGACUGCAGGGAAGUUUUUCAGGAUGUCCCCACUGGGGAAACGGCCUGUGUCUGCCGAGGCGCAAUCAGCGGAGACCGCCCACUCACCGUCACAUCAGCUCAAGACUUUCUCACCUCAGCCACAUGAUUUCUCCUUCAAAAGAAAACCCUCACCAGACAAGCACGGACACCAGGAUCCCAGUUGCGAGCUGUGCGGCUUCUACUUUGAGAACCGUAAAGCUCUGGCCAGCCACGCGCGAGCCCACCUGAGGCAGUUUGGUGUGACUGAGUGGUGUGUGAAUGGAUCCCCCAUCGAGACGCUUAGCGCCUGGAUGCGCAGCAGGCCGCAGAAGGUGCUGGAGAUGCAUCGCAGCUACAUGCAGGGGAACCGCUCCAACCUCAAGAAGAAGAGCAGCUCACCUCUUACUGCGUCAGCGGAUUCUGAUCAUAUCCUCCCCAUCUCAUCGCAGAAGGCCUCCUCUUCCUCCUCCUCCUCCUCCUCCUCCCAGUGGUCUUCUUCUUUGGCUGUAAGCCUGGUGCGGCCGCUGAGCCGCGAGGUCAGCCAGAGCUCUUCCAAGACCACCGAGGGUGAAGCCAACCUGCACGCUGCUCUGCUGAGGCCCGGCCGCAGCAGUCCCAGCCCCUCGCCGCUCUCCGGCAGCCUUCCGCUUCAAGCACAGGUGGCACGCAGUGAGCUUAACGUCCGCCUGCCCAGAGGUUUUGAGCGUCGGCCCUUGAAACACCCGUCUUGCCCAGAUGGAACAGAGAGCCCUCCUAAACCCCCCCGCACAGGCACCGUCCCCGCCCUGGUGCCCAAACCACCAUCCUACCCACUGGUCAAACUGGUGGGAAAGUUCUACACCCUGAAGUGCCGGUUCUGCGAGGUGGAGUUUCACGGCCCGCUUUCGGUGCAGGAGGACUGGAUCAGACACCUCCAGCAGCACAUCCUCAAGAUGAACUACAACAAGCCUGCUGCACCCAAAGCAGCCUCUGCUGAACCCCCUGCCGAUGACCCAGCCCCGGUCCAGGCCUCUGCCCCAGCCUCCACCUCCACCUCUACCUCCAGUACCACCUCCACCACGCCUGCCCUCACCUCCACCCCGACCCGCUCCCCUACGCCUCCGGUGGCCAAGUGUGCUCCGCCUGUCACUGCCACAGAGAUCGUAAAGGUCUCAGAGGAGAAGUCCACCCUGUCUCCGACCUCUAUCCCCGUCCCCACCCAGACAGUGUAAGCUCAUCGCUGUCAUUUAGCCCUGUUUGUUUCUUCCUGCCUUUAGAGUAUCUUUUCGUCCAUUCGUUUCUUUCCUUCGGCCUUCACAAAGUGUUGCUGAGGAGGAGUGUUUCCCCUCCAAAGAGCCCUCUGAGCCCCAAGCACCUUUGAAGCAGCUUUCUAGACUGUUACUAAGUCCCGUUACCAUGGGAACGAAGCUCUCCUGGCUUAUCUGCGCACCGGGGAUGGGCAAUUGUUGGUAGUGUCAGAGGUUAGCAGGAGAGACGAGCUAAUGUUUUGGGUUUGCCUUGUUUAUAUUGAAUGUCCAGGUGUUGACGCGGACCGUUGCUGUACCUCUCCUGCCAUUCACUGGGUGAUUUAGGGGUUAAUGUAGCCCUUUAUCAAACUUCAGCCCCCCUCCUGUCUACUGCAGCUUCGCCCCCCUUUCCCUUUAUGAACAGUGCGUUACUGAGAGCGGUGAGACUCUGACCACGCUGCUGGCCUCAGCCUCUCACCCAAAGGUCCUGACUGAGAUUAAAUGACGUUUAUAAUCUUGCUAGUCGAGUGGCUGAGACGUAAAACACGUGUUAACACGUGGUGUUAAAACAGGCACUUUCAAUGUCGACAUUGACACUUGGCACUUAACUGAAACUGAAAUGCCCUGUUGAACGGGCAAAAGACUAAAGCCUGAUUUAUGGCAAAGCGCUCGACUCUUUUGGUGAGUGUUGCUUGACAGAAAUUAAACAUCAUUUUCAAUUUUUGCUUCAGUGUGUAGGAUUUAAGGAGAGAUAUGGGCAGAAAAUGAAUUUAAUAAGUAUAUUUCCUUUAGUGUAUAAUCAUCUGAAAACAAGAAUCAUUGUGUUUUCGUUACCGUAGAAUCAGCCGUUUAUAUCAGCGUAGGCAGUGCUGGAGAGUAACUAGCUACAAUUAAAUUACAAAAUAAAUUUAAUUGUAAUUAGUUACAGCUACUGAGAAAAAUGCAAUUAAAUUACAGUUAAAAUACUGGUGAUUAUAAAGGGUUACAUUCAAAUAAUUUAUUUCAGUUACUACACAGUUCAUCAAAGACAUUGGAACAAAUUUGAGUGCAACAUUUACGCACUUCUAUUGCCAAGUCAAAACUUUUGUUAGAAAAGUACUCAAAAAGUAAUCAAAUGUAAUAAGUUACAUUAUUUGGAUGACGUGAUUAAAUUAGUGACAUUACUUAUUACAACUUGAACAGGGUAACUAGUAAUCUGUAACCUAUUACAUUUCAAAAGUAACCGCCCCCAACACUUGAACAUAGGGAGCAGGUCCAUGUCUAUGGAGAUCACCAUGUUACACCGCCAUGUUUCUACAGUAGCCCAGAACAGACGAACCAAACACUGUCUCUAGAGAGCGCCAUUUGCAUUCUCGCGUCGGCCACCAUAGUUAGCAGCCCCUCCACGACAAAAGUGUCAGAGAAACACAGAUUUGCAACAUUGCACUGUUUUAUUCAGUGUUUGUACCAGGUCCAAUUUAACCUCUAUGGAUAAUUAAGCUCCCAGUAAAAACACCCUGAACAAUGAACACUGAAGGAAUUCUACUCGUUAGAAGUUUCAGCUGGUUGCAAUCUGCAGUCGUCACCAUUUGAUGCCACUAAAUGUCCCUUUAUAUUACUCACUUGACCUUGUAUGGAGUCACAUUAUAUCCGUCAUGCAGUGCUAUGCAGCCCAAAAAAUAACAAAUAACAAAUAACAAAAGAUAACAAAAUUCUCCAGGUGCAACUUGAAAGGAAAAGUUCAUAAUUUCUGUCAAGCAACAGUCAUCAAAAGCGUCGAGUGCCCAACCAUAAACCAGGCUUAACUCCAAUUGGUUUAAGGAGCAAGAAGUGGAAGCACACCCAAAAAGGGAAACCCCCCCUUGUUAACUUUAUAAUGUAAUUCUCUUCCCCCAAAUAUACAUUAUGCUUGAAUGUAGCUUAAAGCACUUAUUAAAAACUUAUAUGCACACAUUCAUACAAUCAAACAUAAGCCCCAUGUUACCGUACCAUUGAUAGUUUUACCUUUCAUGAUGUUGCGGCUCCACAGCGUGCUGCUUUCAGCUGCUGAAGGCACAAUUGCUUUUGAAUCUCCCUGUCUGGAUCGGAGCAGCAGGGCCAUAGAAAACUUUCAAGGUUACACUUCUAUAGUUCUUUUUUCUUCCAUUCAAAGUGUUGCCAUUUCUUUCCUGCCUUUUUCAAUUCAACCCGAGUUAUUAUUUAUUUAUUAUUAUGCAUCUGAAUGUGGUAAGCUAGGUCAUUUUAAAGCUAAAGUAGAGCUCUGGAAUGUUUGAAAAUAGGUCAGCGGUGCACUUUGACACGAGUGCACAAUGUGUGUGUGUGUGUGUGUGUUUGUAUGUUUGUGUACAGACAUAGCAAAUGUGCAUUUGUUUCCCAUUUUUAAAGAGAAAGACGGAAGUAAACCCGCUUGAUAGGAAGACGCCUCCUGUGCUUAACGUGGACUAAAUGUGGGAGCCUGUCUGUACGUGGUCUGACCAGGACUUUAACUGCAUCCGUCGUCGUGUUAGGAUGUGCCAAAGAGUCUGUUUACUUCCUUGUCUUGCCUCUGUAAAAGCUGUUUACAUUGGACCUGAUGGUGGAGGAAACUCUGCACAGCUAUCGAGUUCCCCAAGGCUCCACGCUGAACAAUGGACUGAACCGGCGGCGGUCCACCACAAGCACCCGCCGAGAAAAAGAAGACUCGGGCUACUGGAGCGGCUCCAUGUUGUUACUGUAGGGUUAGAUUAUUCCAAUUAAACAUGAACACAAACCAAACUUGAUUUCAAGCGGGGCUCUUGAGAACUGCCAGCCCUCUAACGAACACCGUGCGACCUCGGGCUCCUGAAGUCUGCGGUCGGUUUUCUUUCUACACUGCUUCAGAGUGCGUUCAUAUCAAGCCAGAGCUGAAGCAAUAACUAAAGGGUCCACGUAGGCUGGCGACCUUUUAGAGUUUGUUGCCCAUGUUUGAAACAUGACUGUUCGAUCCAAACGAAACCCUUUUAUGGAGUAUAGAUAACAUACUAUAUAACUACAUGUACUUAAGAAGCUGUUGAUGCUAGUAGAGCUAUCAGCAGUUCUAUUAGCGAGGUAGUUAAAAAAAAAUAAGUGAUCUUAAUUCCUCUAUCGUGAUUUGAUUUCAACCUUUGAUGCUAUGUAUUUUUUAUUGCUCUGUGCAUUUCUGUAUUUGCAGUCCCGCAAGGUGAAUCUUUAGAGUAUUUUUUAUUUCUAUCUGUUAGUCUCUCCAAGCUGAAACUUUGGUGCUGGUGAGAAUGUCGCAGGUCGAGGAGCUGGCGAGUGUCUGAGCGUGAGGAAGACAUUUUAAUGUGAUUGUCACGUCCUGGUAUCAAAGGACUCUAAUAAGCAGGCCUUAAAGGGGACCAGUGUGCAUGCUGAGAUAUGAGAUAUGAUCCUCUCCUGCGCUCACAGACGCCGGAGCCUCUGUGGCUUCGUCACUGUGUGAGACGCAGGCGGGUGCAUCAGAGUCCCCUUUAAGAUCAACCUGAACAAGCCUCAGCUGGUGUAACCGGCUGCUUCGUGUGUGUGUGUGUGUGUGUGUGCGUGUGCGUGUUCAUGUGUGAGUGUGUAAAAAGACGGUGAGAUGACAAUGAUUAAAAAGAAAAAAGAUGCAGUCGAGGAAAGAACUGUACUGUACACAAAGGGUUAAGUUUUAAGUGAAUCAACUCCAGAACAAACAAUAAAUGUGAUUUCA